GAAGCCAGAAACGUGCCGCGUUUUCUACUCGGCGCUCCCGCAGCUCCGCAGAGACUCCGCGCGCCGGCCCCCGCCAGGGAGACAAUGGCUCCCAGUAGCUUGAGAUGCCAGCGCCUUGAGCAGGAUGGGGCUUCUGCCAGGAACCAGAGCCGCUGCUGCCACAUCCCAGACCACAAGCGCUGCUCUUUCCUGCGUGUGGCACAGGGGAAAUACGCCACGCUGAUCAAGCCCUACGUGCGAGACUUGCACAAGAGCGUCCUCCUCAAGAACACCAUCCUGCACCUCCAAGACCCCAGCCGAGGGAGCCAGGAAACAGGCCUUGGGCUGGCAGCACCCCAGGGUGCCCCACCUUGGCAAGAGACAAGGCAGGGUCCCCCAGCAGAGAGCGAAGGCACAGUGUCUCUGCCCACGCAGCCAACAGAAGAGCCUCCAAGUGCCGUGGACAACAGCCAGGCGAGAGCAGCUGACGUGGGCAUCAGCAUGGGGGCACUGCCUGCCUUCUCCAGCCCCUGCCAAGAUGCAGGACAGGUGGCCAGUGAAGACGGCCUGCCUGACCCCCUCCUGGAUUCCUUCCUCUGCACUGCUGGUGAAGUCCUGUAUUUUUGGGAAAGUCUGCAGCAACAGGAAGUUGGCAAUGGCCCCUGCCUGUCUCUGGCUGGCCCCAGAACUGAUUACGACCGGCCCUCUGAAAGUGCAGCUGCCAGCCCAGUGCAGGAGGCUGGUGCCUGGGCUGCCCUCUGCCAUGAGGAGCAGCUCCGCGACCCCUUGUUUGGCAGCCUUGAGAUCUUAGCCUCCAGCUACGCGAGCGACAUCCCUGCAGAGGAUUUCUUCGCAGACAUCGACAUGUCAGAGUUUGAGAGCGUCCUGUGGGGUUCGCCAAGCAACGGGCAGCCCCCAGUUAUUGGCAUGGCAGGCCAGGCUGCUGCUGAGAAUGCCCCCCAGGCUGAAGCGCCGCCUCUUCCCGGUCAGGAUGCGAGCAGCAGGAUGGGGAGCCUCGACCAUUACAUGGAGCAAAUUCUCCGCUCCUGAAAUGCUCCACUCUGGGUCCCUUGGAUUUCAAGGUUCUGCUGUCAUUAAAGUUUACAGGUCAAUUGACCAUGACUUCCCAAAGAAAAGGGACCGUGGGUUUUGCAGGACUAAACCAACUAGCUUUUAAACCUUCCAAUACCUACACUUUCCAUUCUACUUGAAAGGGUACAAACAAGUGACUAAACUCUCAUUUGCUGCAAGUGCAGUAAAUCCUGUCUAUUGGAGUAGUGGAAACGUUUGUCAUUGGCUCUGGGAAUGUCCUUGCCCCCCCCCCCCAACCAAAGAGGGCCCAGGCCUGAGAGUUAACUCUUCAUGGACAAAAGUGUGCCCUUUCAGAAACUCCCCUGGUCUGAGCCCUGCAAGGUGGUAGCAGCAACCGUGGGCACAACCGGAAGCUUCUCCUGCGUGGGAGGCGUUCUUGCUCUUCAAGCCUCUCCUGGUUCCAGGAGACCAUGGGGGAAGAAGAUGGUGGGCAUUUGAUGGGCCCAUCCUUCACCUUAACAGCCUCUUCCUCUGACACGUCCUCCCUGCCCAUCUCCGGCUCCGACCACUCCUUUUGCCCUCCUCUGGCUCCUGCCUCAUGGGCACCGUCAACCCCCCAAAAUCGCCAGCCCCCUCUCCUGGCUCAAUGCCCUGGCCUCCUGCCUCCACCCCACACUGUCAGAGCCCUGGCAGGUUGACUCUCAGUAGCUGGGGGUGGGAGCAGGGCAAGCGUGGCCUCAGGUAGGGUGGGGUGGCUUCUCCCUAGUUCAGGGAUUGGGAACCUCCGGCCCUCCAGACGUUGUUGAACUCCAACUCCCAUCAUUCCCUAACCAUUAGCUGU